ACUGCCAACUGGCCUUUCUUCCCUCACUUGUCAAGAGAGAGAAUGGUCCUUAACGCGCUGAUGAGUCCAGCUUCAGUGCCAUGGAGCUCACUGGUAUGCGGUACCCUCGUCUUUGUUCUUCUAUGGCAGGCUAGCCGGCUGGUAGAUUUGCUGUCGUGGCGCCCGCGGCGGCUUGAGUGUGCCUUGCGUUCCCAGGGUCUCCGUGACAUGUCUUACCGCUUCCUCAUCGGAGAUCUCAUGGACUACAGGCGGCGGAACAAGGAGGCACGAUCGAGGUCAAUGCCUCUGCGCUGUCACAACAUAGCCCCGCUCUUCCCCCCGUUCCUCCACGACCUUGUCCGGGAGCACGGAAAGACGUGUGUAUCUUGGUUUAGUGUGUUCCCCAAGGUCACCAUCAGCGACCCUGACUUAGCCAAGGAAGUGUUGUCCAACAAGUUCGGCCACUUCGAGAAGCUCAAGUUUCCGGCUCUGUCUAGGUUGCUUGCUGGAGGAUUAGCGGCUUACAACAGCGAGAAAUGGGUCAAGCAUAGAAGGAUCCUUAACCCCGCAUUCCAUCUCGAGAAGCUCAAGCUCAUGAUGCCAGCCUUGUCUACAUGCUGCCAAGAGCUUGUCGAUAGAUGGGCGCGAUCCCUUGGUUCAGACGGUAGCUAUGAGUUGGAUGUCUUCCCGGAGCUCCAAAGACUCACUGGAGAUGUCAUUUCUCGCACCUCAUUUGGCAGUAACUACCUUGAGGUGCCAAGGUUUUCCAACUGCAAUCCUAAAAAGUUGAACUCAUUGUGGCUAGCCAAAGAAGAUUGUGCUUCCCGGUUACUUGUAAGUCAACACCUAGUAGUACUAGUAAGUUUCAAGAUUCGAUUUUCCUACAGAAGAUAACUAAUGGGACAAUAUGCAUAUCUAGUAUAAAAUCAGCAUUAAUAAAGACCGUAGUACUAAUUUAGAGUAACACUGGAGAUCAUGUUUUAUCGAUCUAAGGUCCUCUAUUUUAAGUAAUGAGAGUAAAUUAUUCCAUGAUUUGUAAAUGUGCAAUAUGAUUGAUUUAGUACCGUUGUUCAGCAGUGUGCGCUAAUAAUUUAUUGGGGUAUUAAUAGGUCCUUGCCGACCAAAAACAAUAGAAGGAUGCAUCAAAUUAAUAAUGAAAUUGAAUCCAUUCUACAUGGUCUAAUUGUAAAAAGAAUGCAAGCUAUGCAAGAAGGAGAAAAUACCAAUGAUGACUUAUUGGGCUUGAUGCUUGAGUCAAACAUGAGGA